AUGGUACCCCACGUGGUUUUGGGGGCAACGGUGCUGUUUUUGGUGGUAGGGUCUGGAAGGGCGGAAUUUCGAGGCGGGGAGGAACCCUUCCGACACUCCAGGGAGGUCGGGGGGUACAAGAAGUUCCUCGUGUUUCCUCAAGGCAGCAAUGUGCAGCUCGUCUACUGUCUGACCAUCAGCACGUACGCCAAGACCCCGGGUUCGAUCACCGUCGGCGUCACCGCAGGUCUGGCCUACGAGCUGCCCCACAGGGGGACAUUGCCCCACCGGAAGCCGGCAGAGGUGUACCACCGACGCAGCAGGAGAGAGCUCUACGGGAAGAUCGAGAAGAUGUUGGGAACGCAAGGAAGGAACGGGAAGGAGUGCGUCUUCAGGGCCCUCUGCAGGGCCGGCAGGAGGGACCAGCGAGAGGUCGGCAGGGGGUCCUUCUUGCAGGAGAUCGCCCACUCGGUCUUCUCGCUGCCGGCGGGUGUCCACGAGGAGGACCCCGAAACCGAGUACGAGAGGGCUCACCGAUUCAACCUGGACUGCGAGCGGGUCUUCCCUGCUUGUUCCGACGACUACUUCCCUUUUUGA